AUGAUCAAAGUCGAGGACCCAUCUAUUUUGGAGAAAUCUGCCACAGACGAGCACGAAUACCCUCUACCGCAGAAGAGUUGCUCGGAUGGCCGCACAAUAUACCUCUCUCGCAAUGACUUCGGCAUCUCCGAAAAGAGCACAGGCAUAAUCCAAAUCACUGACUUCGACUUAUCUGUCCGUGGGGACCACCCAAACAGACGGUGUAUCCAGGCGGAAAUAUAUCGAGCCCCAGAGUUAUGGGAUGUUCUUGAAGGCAAAAAGCUAUUCAAGGAUAUUGAUCCCCUCGAAGUUCAAGGAUAUGAUGAGCUUAACCAUAUUGGCUAG